UAGGGUUUUAAAUCCUUGGGCAAUCAUGAUGGCUGCGGCGUUGCCUGUAGAGGGCGAGGAAGCGGUGGACGUACAGCUGAUUCGGCGACGAAUGCAACAAGGUUUACCACCUCAAGACGUCCAGGAGUAUCUAUGGCGUGUGAGGCUUGAAGCAGAGGGAAUUCCAGACGUUGUAGUGGCUCCAGACGUCGAUCCGAGACAGUUUGAUGCUCAACAGACCAGUAAUAUGCCAAAGCUACAGACUUUCGGUCUCGAGGAGACGGACCCGAAACGCACUCCGGACAACAAGUGGAAAAGAGAUUUAUUGGCGGAUUUUGCCGAGUUAAGGCAGUUAAUUGCACGGUGGGAAGCUAUCGGAGCGCCUAAAGCGGAGACUGUGAGAGAUGGCGACACUCCGAUUGAGAUCUUGCGGACGAAAGUGCCCAGAAUGAGCGACGAGGAAGGAUGGAUCGGUUUUUUCUUUGGCAAACCAGGGACGGAGUUGUCAGCUACUCCACCGCACUUGCGACUACUGCUGCAAUUUGAUCAGGUACUGACAAGAAGGCUGCUGGACUAUCAUGCUGCUUGGCUCAGCGAGGAAAUGACACCACUAUCGCGAGCUCGAGCAGUUUGGAUAUAUGCAUUGCUGGCUCGGCUGGAUAAACCGGUUCAUGCUAGUGUGGCAGCUACGAUUCGACAGAUUCUACGACGCUGUUGGACGCUGAGAUCUGAGCUUGAAGCACCGCCGGAGAUUCAGCUGAAGUCGCUGAACAUUCUUAUUGUCAUUGCUGGGGAUUUCUUUGGCCAGUUGCAUGACUUGGAGUAAACCAAUGCUGAGAGCUUGCGAGAAUGUGAUGCUUUCAGUUGAGGGCGCAGCACUUCGGGUGCUUAGCAUCAACAAACGGUGUUGUGGUCGACGCAUUAUAUUGAUACCUGCAAGAAUUGUACAAUAUGCGCUUUGGUGUUGUUUUUUGUUUUUGUUUUGAGUUUCUCAUUCAAUACAGUCACAGCACAACUCGAAAUGAUCGUCAGGGCGGGUAGUUCUUUCUCGGU